AAUGGCAAGUGGAGAAUUGGCAACGUCGCGCAUUCUUGAGGUUCCAAGUUCUUCCUAGUCAAAUAUGUGUAAAAAUCUGUUUAUAAAUAAAUCCUAAUCGGAAAUAGACGCGUUAUUGUGGGACGAUAAACGCUUUGGAUGCUUUCGGGUUUAAUUGCCGACUAUUUUAGUGCGAAUUCCGAUUUUUCCGGCGCCGAUUUAAUGAGGUGAAAAUUUCGGUUAUGAAAUCGGAAUUUCGUUUGACUCCCGCUUUCAGUCGUACGCAAUGGAGUUUUGUGUAUUAUGCGAAUGUUGACAUUUUGCUUCCGAAAAAAUGUUUCGUAAUUCCUUUUCGGGCCCCCGCUGGUACUUUUCGACCGACUGAAUGAGGCGAACGAACCGGGCCAGCACAGAUUCAAAUGGUUCUUCACCACCGAAAGCCUAAGAUGAGCUCAGAGCAACCGGUGAAGAAAAAGUUGCGACGCACCGAUGACACCGAAUCGACAGACGAACCCGAUUACAUUCACUCCCUGACGGAGAACGGAAUGUCCGCGCUACACCUCUCGAUGCCCCCCAAUAUAAACGAGGCGGACCUCAACACGUUGAACGAGCACCUGCACGGCGUGCUAGACUGCAAUACGAAACCGUACAUUUUAAAUUUGUCCGACACGCAACCACUGGUUUCUAGUUUCAAUUCGAACCACGAUCGGGACGAAUGGACCGAUCUGGAGGUCUUUCAGAACGGGUUAAUAGAACAGUGCUUGUGCGGUGUGCCCGAGAAUCUACUACGGAAACCUUUCGCCGUGCCGCUUACGGAAUGGCCCACCGGCAAGCUUCUGCAGCUGCUAUCGAAUUUGCAGCUGCUGUUCGACGUGUAUCUAAAACAGAACAAUAACGGACACAUCUGUUCACGUAUCGUCGCGAUCUGCGUCGCCCUAGUUAAUAACGAGUACAACCUAAUUCAACAGCUACUGUCGUUGACGGACACACGUAACUGUUACGUUAAUUAUUUAUUGUCGCGCGUUAUAAGUAGUUUUUUAAUCAUCGCCAAGACGGAUAUCAACCACGACUGGUUGGAGAUGAUCACCAACUAUCUAUCGUUAGAUUACGUCGACUACGAUAAGAUGAAUUUCGGUCUGGAGGUGAUCAGGCGGGUCGUCGAGUGGAAGGACGUCGAGAUCCACGUGCUCGAGGAGCCCAGGUCGCAAGACGCUGGCAGCGGCGCGACGACGAGCGCCGAAUUCACCACCGUAAACUGUACGAGCGUGCAGUAUCACGAUUCGGAAAGCUUCGACACGUCCCCGAUCAAGGGUCUCGUGAUCAGGAGUCUCGAAUCGAAAUGGUUCCAACUGAUCAAUCGCGUGCAGGGACUGAUCGAGAACAAUCGCACCGUUCACUCGCAGACAUGCAUACUCGCCUUCCUGUCGCUUUGGGAGAGCAUAAUAUCGGUGAAGGCCAAUCUGAGCGUGAUCGACACGAAACCGUUCUACGCGCAUUUGGAAAGUUUCGCGUCGCUGUUCCUUAGCAGUGUGCCGCUUCCGCCGAUAAUCUGGAAGCAGCUGCUGUCGCUGUUCAACGAGGUGCUGUGCUACGGAAGUACGCUCGCGUUGCAGGACAUGCUGCCCGACGACACGUGUAAACUUGCCUAUGUUAUCGUUCGAUAUGUCAAGGACGCGAGGGUUUUGGAACGACUGCCGUAUAGAUGCAACGAGGGAUAUCGCGUGCACGGAUUCAUCGGCACGAUACCGCACUCCCAGGCGUCCCAGUUGCAAGUCGACAAGACGCUCCUACAAAAAAUGGUACUGCUAGUACUAAAAUCGGUGGCGGUUACCGUCAAGGAGACGCGUACUGACAGUUCCGACUCGAGCGUAGGCUCCGACGAUUACGACUACUACCAAGACAUGCAGCUGAUCGAACGUUCGAUACGAGACGUCCUGAAAAAGGUGGACGUCUUCGUCAAGGCGAGCCUGGACUUUCAUCCCGAGACGCAAUUCGCCAAACUCCUAAUCCACCUGUUCAGCGAUCAGGACGAUUACAUGAUCGAGUCGAUGGUCUGCACGUUGGAUAUAACCGUGGGGAUUUCGUAUCGAAACGCCGUCUUUCCGGAUCUCGUCAACAUGCUAAAUCCCGUCUACGCGUUCGUCGAGUUUCUAAAAGUCGUCAGUCACGAUUCGGACGUUCUGUUAGAUUAUCUAGUGAGCAACGAGACGUGCUUCCUUUUGUAUUUGUUACGUUUUUUAAAGUACAUUCGAAGAAACUGGUCGAAAUUUGUAUCCAGUUGUGAGAGCGCGGGAACUGGCGAGUUAGGUAACACGAUGACCGUCUUAAUUCGAUUAAAUAUGCAAAUUAACCGACUGGUCUCGAAAGAUUUGUUUCCGUAUAACAUAAGUCCGGUCCUACGACUGUUGGAGGUGUGCGAAAAUCUAUACGAAUCGAACGACUCCAGUUGAUAGUUUAAACAAAUCCUAAUAUUAUUUUAAUGUUAUCGUAAGUUAUUUCUCUAUUUAUUUUUUUGUACAGCAUUUAUCACACGCCGUAAUCAAGAAAUAGUAUUCAUCGUUCGUACCAUCCGUUAAUCAUUUAUAUAGUUACCCUUUUGUCAAUAAUUUUAAUUGUACAUUGUAUACACAGUUUGCAAUAUUAGAUUUUAAGUUCUACAUUUACAUUAUUAUGUACAUAUCAGAUGUUCAAAUAUCGAUAAAAUGCAAUUUUUGUAAUACACUA